CGCGCAGCCGGGACCUGAGGCCGGGGCGGAGGCGCGGGCGCGCUCAGGCGGAGGAGGCGGCCUGGAGGCCACACCAUGGACUCAGGGCCCGAGGAGUAUGAACUCAACGGAGACCCGCGUCCUGGCUCCCCCGCCGCCUCGCCGUCCCGCUGGGGCUGGAGGCACCAGCCCAUCAAUGUGAACCACUAUGCCAACAAGAAGAGCGCGGCCGAGAGCAUGCUGGACAUCGCGCUGCUCAUGGCCAAUGCGUCACAGCUGAAGGCCGUGGUGGAGCAGGGCCCCAGCUUCGCCUUCUUCGUGCCCCUGGUGGUCCUCAUCUCCGUGUCACUGGCGCUGCAGAUUGGUGUCGGUGUGCUGCUCAUCUUCCUUGUCAAGUACGACCUGAAUAACCCAGCUAAGCACGCCAAACUGGACUUCCUCAACAACUUGGCCACGGGCCUGGUGUUUGUCAUCGUGGUGGUCAACAUCUUCAUCACAGCCUUUGGAGUCCAGAAGCCGUUGCCAGAUACAGCACCCCGGCAGUAGAAGCCUGGAUUGUGCCUGCCCAGCAGUCCGCCCACCCAGCCCAGGUGGUCACCGAGCUCUUGAGGCGUCCACUUAUGGUAUACAGCGCUCCCCAGGACCUCUCGUGCCCAGGGCCCAGCUGCUGCUCUGAUUGGACGGCGUGCAGGAAGCCAUCAUGGUGUGUGGGGGCCAGCAGGAGGCCCAGAAGCUCAGAAUUGGAAAGCUCCAGAGAUCUGUGUCCAGACAUGGGUCACGGCCCCCCUGGAGACACACAGCAGGUCCAUGGACAGGCCAGACCAAGGGCCCCGGCCAGCCACUAUCUCAGGACAUUCCUGAAAGAUGAGGAGCUCUCCCUGCUCCCACCGGUUCACCAGCAUCCCCCGCCUCCAGGGAGGCCUGCUCCCAUCUUCCCCUUAAGCCUCAGUGCCUGGGCUUGGCAGCCAUCAGGAGGGAGCCGAGCCCAACAUGUGCCCCCUGGCAGUGCUGGGCAGAGCCUCUGCCCUCUACUCGGCAGCCAAGCACCGCCCUCCCCAUUUCUAAUCAGAAAUGAUGAAUAAAACCGCCACUCCUCCU